CCCUCCCCAUGCGUGCGGCUUGAGCCGGCUGCUGCUGGAUUCUGCCUCUGCCUGUCUCUGCCCGUCUGUCACUCCGUCUGGCCGAUUGUCGGCAGUGUCGCUUUUCUACCGCCUGCUCGCUGUGUUUGUCCGUAUCUGUCCGCUGUCGGCUGCUGCAUCCGCACCGCGGCUUUCAUCACCAACGAACCAGCGACUCCCGUUUGUCGAUAUCGACCCCCGUCCGUCUGCAUUUAAAGCAUCAAGCCCUGCCUUUGCAACCAUCAAGCCGCAUACGUCCAUCUGCCACAUCAUCGCUUCUCUGUCUCGAGCCACCAUUCCCUCCGAACAAGAUCCGCUCUCUUGAAUGAGAAUACUAGACUCUGUCCUCCAAAUCCAUCGACAACUGUAGUCCUCCAUCCAGCUGCGUCUGUGAUUGUGAUUUGCGAUUUGCAAUUUGCAAUUUGCAAUUUGUAAUUUGUGAUUUGCCUCCCUCGCCCACAAUGGACUGUACACCUGUGCUCAGCUCCGACACUCCGACUUCGACCACAUCGAGUCUUCCCUAUCGGCCGCAGUCUCUAUUCGAAAUCGUUCAGAUUCCACACAAGAUCGUGUUUGAGAAUGUGUACAUGAACGGACUGCACUCACUGCGCCGGAUCGAGAUUCGAAACACGACCCCGUGCCCGCUCAUCAUCAAGCUUCGCUCCAACAUGGGCUCCCAGAUCGCCUUUCAGCUUACCAACGAAAACCUACCAUCGCGGAUCAAGCGCCGCACGCCGCUCUUGGAGAUCGACUCGGAUC